CAUCAAGUCGGCAGCACGGCCUGCCCCAGGAUAUAUACGUGCUGAUAACCUAACAGACAAGCGACCUUCUGAUUCAACGCCUGACCUUUUGCCCAUAAAUAUCGCGAGUGCCCAACAUGGCCAACUUUCUCCGAUGCUUUCUUAGUGCUCGUCGACCAUCAACGCUGCGCGACUCCUCAUCAAAACUCCAUAAGAGCGCUUUCAACCUUUAUCACAUUCUCUAAUCCCCUGGUCUCUGGCGUCUCAAUAUGAGUUCAUCACAUACGAGAGAUGACUCCAAACAUCACAAGUCGAAGGCCUGUUAUUCAGCUCGAACAGCUCGUUAUCGCCAAAACCCUUCUGACUCACAGAACGCAGCCAGCAAAGAAGUCACUACUUCAGAUUCCGUGGCAGCAACUACGAGCCUACUUCAUCACCUUGUCGUGACGGAGAAACAUCUCUCGCGACUCAACUUCCAAGGCAGCACGUACACGCUCAGUACAGUCGACCACCACACAUCCCCACACGAACAAGGCUCGGCCACCGUGAACGAUUCUGCCACCACACAAGCCUCCUCCCUUGACGACCCUCUACAUUAUCCCUACCAAGCCUACAAUCCGGACGACGACGAUUCGUUCCUUCACGAUGGCACGUCCUCAUACGGCCCCUUCUGCACCUCAUUCCCCUGCCUCGAUCCAACCUGCUACACCCACCCAACCUCGACCACGACGCUGCAAGAGUACUAUAUCACCGGCACUGGGGCAUACUUCACGGACACCCACAACGAUCCCGACGAUGUCCAUGACCCUCAGUCGAACACCUUCGAUCCGCAGAUACACAUUGAAGCCGAGGACGAACAGCAGUACGAUGCUCCGGCCAGACACUGAAGCAAGCUUAGGAGCCCGGAGGGUGAUGUUGUACGAUCGGUGUUGAAGGUAAGCCAUUCUCCCAUACGCGUACUACCCUGCCACAAGACUGACCAUACCAACAGUGACUGGACAUUGAAAGAACGUUGCGAAGAACUGGAUCACUGGUCUCCGUCGUGCUGCUGCAUACAAUGCUGAAGCGCCUGUUGGCCCUCUCGCAGAAGAGCAUUUGAGUUCCACUGCUGCCGGCCCACCUGCUCCCCACCGCACACCCAAAAAAGAGUGGAACAGCAUUGUGACCCCCACCCGCUACGACGGCCGACUCGGGA